AUGCAACUUCAACUUCAAGGCCUGGCCCUCGUGGCACUGACGGCUGGCACUGCAGCCAGUCAGUCAAUUAGACAAGUCUUCAAUUUCUCCAGCUACGUCGACAUCGAGAACAGCCACCUGCGCCCCAAUGGCCAUCUCUUGUUGAGCACAUUCGACAAUGGCCGCUUGUACACCAUCGAUCCGUCAGCGGACAACCCACAGGCCGAACUGGUAUCAGCCAUGCCCGGAGCCACUGCGCUGUGCGGCAUCACCAGCAUCGGAGACGACAAGUAUGCCGUGGUCGGCGGUAUUCGUGGGAACUACAGCUAUACGAAUGAAACUAUCUACACGGUCGACUAUAGCGGCGGCGCCCGGAACGCAACCAUUGCAAUCGCUGCCCAUGUCUCCAAUGCCACUAUGCUCAACGGCAUGGAUUCCCUCCCCGAAAAGCCCCAUGUCAUCCUCCUAGCCGACUCUCGUCAAGGCGCAAUCUACCGCGUGGAUACCGAUUCCGGAGUGUCGACUAUUGUUAUCCAAGAUGAGGCACUGGCUGCCCCGUCCAACGCGACUCUGCCGAUUGGGGUCAAUGGACUCAAGAUUCGAGAGUCGUUCGUAUAUUAUACCAACUCGGCGCGCAACACCUUCGGUCGAGUGCCGAUUACAGUAGACGGAGAUCAGGCCGGUGAUGUCGAGGUUGUCGCUCAGCUGAAUGGAGGCACGGCCGGAUACGACUGGGAUGACUUUGUCUUCGAUGAGGCCGGCGUCGCCUAUGCCGCGCAGCCAACAAAUGCGAUUGCCGAGAUCAAAUCAAAUGGCCAGCACUCUAUCUUCGUGGGCGGUGGCAACAACACUUUGAUUCAGGGGCCGACUUCGAUUACUAUUGCGCGCGAUGGCAAGACAGCUUAUGUUACUACUCAUGGGGAUGGGACCAACUUGAGCGGCCAGGUUCUCGUGAUGCAAUUAUAG